AUGGCUGAAGCUUUGGGUCUCGCGGCGAGCGUCAUCGCCGUCGUAGACAUGACCGGCAAGGUCGGCAGCGCCUCCUUCAAGCUCAUGAGGCUCUGGAACGAAGUCAAGGACGUCCCGACCAUGCUGCUCGAGAAGGCCGAACGUAUACAAGACCUCGAGGAGUUCCUCGACGACACCGAGGACCAGAUCGCCAGGAGCCUGCUUCCCGAGGCGGUCUGCGAUAGGGGUCGCCUGCGGAAGCACGUCGCCAAAGCCCGUCGUGCGCUGACCGAGAUCCAAGACUUGGUCGAUCAGUUGCAGGCCAAAGUGGCUGCCGACCAGCGAGGCUUCAGGCGGAGGUUCGCGUCGACCAAAUUGCUGCUUCAGAAAGACGAGUGGAAAGCUUUGGAACAAAAGCUGGAUUCUGCGCUCCAUCUUCUCUCCAUCGCGCAAACGCAGUGUUUGAUGGCAAUGUCAACCUUUUGCGUCACUUUCAUGCUCGAAGGAAUGCCGCCAGGAUCGGCCAAAGUCUCAAAUAAGGGAUUGAUCGAGCAUGACGAUUCGCCCGAGGCGGACUGCGAGCACAGCACCAGAAAGAGGAUACUCAAGAACCGCCCCGCCGUAUCAAACAUCUUCCAAAUUCCCUACUCAAAAUCCGCCCUGCCCACCUUCAGCUUCGGCUUCGGCGACAACAGCAGUUUCCAACUGUCCGUCCGCACGCCAUCUUGGCUCACCGGAUCAGUUUAUUCACUUCUGGCACAAAAAAGCUUUCAAGGAUGGCAGCUGAACUUGAGAGCGUACGAAGUGGUAAAAGAUUUUGAUGAGCAUUUAAUAACCCACGUGAUGAGAGACGAUCCUCUUGCUCUUUUCCAAUACUUGGUUGAGUGCAAGAUGACCCCUCACGUACGCGAUUCGUACAACAAAAGUCUACUUUGGACACCGGUCAUGAAGCUCGCCGUGAUGCGCGGCGCCUUCGCAGUAGCAAGCUCGCUCAUAGAGCAAGGCCUCGAGGGUUGCAUUCUCGAACCAAUCAACAUGGCCUACAAGAAACCUUUUAUUUUCUAUCUCAUUACCAUAUUGAAUGCCUUCCCUGAAUCGCGAGACCUACAGUUCCUCGAGCUCUUUGCUGAUUACGGCCUCGAUGAUGGCUUUAGUAGUGUCGAGUUCCUCGACGAUCUUCUUAGAGGCGGAGUCAGCUACCGUGGUUUUCAGGCGUUUAUAAAACGCUACAAUUUCCAUUACAACUCACUUUCACUUGAGGCAAGACUUCAGGGUCUGAGAGAUUUAGCGGAGGGCGGCGCCUCCUGGGCCCCUGAAGAUAUCCUACUCAUCCUUCCGGAAGCUGAACAUCUUGAUUAUAGAAUUGUCCAAAUUUCUAUGGAGAAUUCCUGCGCUCUUCUUCACUCCUUUGCCUUGUUAUUGGCUUGGAGACUGGUGGCGAAGGUAGCUCGUGCGAAUGGCGAGUUAUGCUCCGAGGAAAAGAAGCAUUUCGGGCGACUCAUUCACGACUGUGUCCGAAAUGAUUCUUCAAUUCUACAUCAUAUCGAGCCUAUCUGGUCUGGCGGUCGUGGCUACGCUGAUGCCUCUCCUUUCUCUUCCAUAAUAUGGUCUUUGAUGGGGGCGUCCCGUCCACUUCAGCUUACUGAAGGUUUCUUUCCUCGAGCUUUGGAGUCAUUUCUCAUUACCUGGAUCACCAUAUUAUCAUCCAACAAUGUCGAUCUUCUAGAUUAUGGGCGUCAAGAAAGGCGACUUUUCGAACAAGGCCAUACCAAAUAUCUGCAGCGAUUCAGGUCGGCUUAUCAUGGGAUGCGAGGAUUUCAACGGCGUACUCUAAUCGGGAUUACAUAUGGUCCUCGGCCGGAACACUGGCGACUCUGGUGGGCUUUGGAGUAUGAAGAGUAUGCUGGCGAAUUUUGGGAUCUGGUUGACAGCCAGAGUAUGCGGAUGCCCGGCAGCUGGGUUGAUGAGCCUUGGAGCUUGGAAGGCUUUGCAGAUGAAGAACAGGAGAGGCUAUGGCAGUGGAAGAACGAGGAUACAACACCAUUGAUUUGGUCCGAGUAUCGCAAGGUCCGGCCGCCUGUGUAGGUCUUGUUUGCAGGGCUGGUUGCGGAUCUCAAAUGAUACCAGAGGGAAAACUGGCGAAAGGAUGACUCAACCUGUUCCAUGACCGACUACGAGAGGAUUUGAUGUACACUGUCACAUAAGUAUCAGAUCCAAGAUGGUUCUCUUCCUGACUCAGGUUUUGGGUAAAUCCGGUCGACUCGCAUUUUCGAACCCGAC